AUGAGUACUGCGCUAAACUUAAAGACGGUAAAGCAAAAGCUUUCCCGCCUGGUUAACACAUUAUCAACUUCACUGAAAGAAGCAGAGGAAUACCAAGAGCCCUGGCAAUUCCCAACGGAAGCCAAAGAGCUCCAACAUUUUCUGCUUCUGAAAUCUAUAGUUUUGAAAAACUUGUGUAAGCGUCUGGAAGAGCAAAAAGAAAGGGUAUGGAAGACGUACGAAGACUGUACUUCGAAAAUCUAUGAAAUGCUGACCGACAGUGAAAGAAAAGAAAUAGGAACAUCGAUUGAAAUAGAGUUCAAUGCUUACUGGGAGGACAAGAAAGGAGAUGACCUGCUCCAACUUGCAACAGAAUUAUACGGUAAACUGGAAAACAGAUUAGUUGAGAUAGAAUGCCAGGAAGCAUCACUGAAAUUUGAACUCAUGGAAGUAAAACACGAAAGGGAAAAUGAGGUCCAUAGAAACGAAAUGAGAUCUGAAUCGACAUUCACCUUUGGUAGACACCUCUUGGGUGGAAUAAAAAUCCCGGAGUUUGAUGGGAAGGCAAGUGAAUUUGACUCCUUUUGGGAAAUCUUUGAAGAAAUAGUGGACAAACAACCUUAUUCCAACAUAGAGAAGUUUUCGAUCCUGCUAAACUGCUGCAAGGGGGAUGCAGCAAGAGCACUCAGAAUGUUCCCCAGGACAAGCGAAUCCUACGAUAAAGCCAUUCAGCAAUUGAAAACGCAAUUCCAGGAUCCCAAAAGAGUAACCAUGAUGAUGAUAGGUCAACUUAAAGCAAUGAAACAAUGCAGAGACGAACCUAGAUCACUCAGGAACAACUUAAACGAUGUACAAGCCAUCAUUGCAACCCUGCGUAAAAAAGGGGAAGUAGUAGACACAACGAAUAUGAUAAGCAUGGUUUUGGAAAAGUUUAGUAAGGCCGUUCAGGAUGAAGUGAUGCGUAAAGAGUUUGAUUCAGGAAAUGACUGGAACAUGGAAGACCUUCUGAACAACAUUUCUGCCAUAGUUAGGCGUCAGGAGCAUUUGGAAGGGCGUAAACAACCAGUGGAAAAGGGUGAUGAACUCACGAUAUUCCAACUUCGAACUGCCAUAGCAUGUACAGGAUGUGGCCGUAAUCACCUAUUCCAAUCAUGCCCCAUAUAUCGUACUCCAGAGGAGAAAAUUGAAAGAUUAAAAUCUCUAAAGGCCUGUUGGAAAUGUUUCAGCAAGAAACAUCAUACGAAAGACUGCCGCAGACCUAACUGCUCCACUUGCCAUGGAUUUCAUAGUGUUAUAAUUUGUAAAACGCCGAAGAAUGAAAUUGGCACGAACAGAAACUGGAGCCGCAGGACGAAAAGCCCAGGAAAGAGCUCUCCGAGACCAUGGGUACGAAACGAAGAAGUAAGACAUGGAAUGAUGCGUCAAAGUGAUAGACAUAAAUCACCUAAACGCAUAACUGAGACCAGGCAGGAAAGCGGAACAAAUUUAACUCCGAAACCCAGACUUACAUCACCUAAGGCGAGAGUGCCCAGAGUAAGGUUCUCCAGAUCGCCAACUCCACCUAGACAGAACAGAAAUAAUACCAGAAAUUGCUAUACGAUCAACCUCUCUGCAAAACAACCAGAAGAAAACUCCGUGAUGUCUAGAGUGGAAAUCAGUGAACAUGCUCGACUUAUGAUUGUGCCUACGCGUAUAUUCAACAACGCUAACAGUAACUUUGAGGUAAUAUAUGCGCUGCUAGACUCAGCAGCAGACCAAUCAUUUAUAUGCAAGUCUGUAUUGAAAAGGAUGCAGAUUGACAUAGAGACAGAAAUGGAGGUAACGGUAACGACCUUUGGAGGCCGAGCAGAAAACAAAAGAGUAGGGCACGUUAGUGUAACCCUAUUCAAUAAUGAGGGAGAAGGAAUUGAUGUUGACUUCCUCACUCACGAAAAAAUAUUGCCGAAACUUCACUUGGAGGAAAUCUCACGGGAAGACUUCGCGACGCUGAAGGAAUACUUUGCGGAGUACAAGGAAGUACCCACAACAGUGAUUCCUCAAAUUUUAAUCGGCAUAGACUAUUUCAAUAUAGUCAUCAAAAUGCACGCCCCUGUGAUACGUCUACCUUCAGGUCUGUUCGUAACGUCUACAUUCUUUGGUCCCGUAAUAUCAGGGCGGUCGCAAUCGUGGAAUCACGAAGACAACGAAAGAUACUACGAACACGUGCUGAGGACGUACACAGUAAGUACAGAUGAUAAUAUAAUAGAGAAAGAUAAUAUGGACUAUAGCGAUUUAUGGAAGUUACAAGGAGUAGGCAUAGAAGAAUUCGCAGACAGAAACGAAGAAAAUCAACGGAUAAUAGAGGAAUUCUAUGCAAAGGUAAGGUUUGAGAACAACAAAAUCUUCGUCUGCUUUCCUUGGAAAAGUAAUAAAUGCAAUUUGGCAGACAAUUACACCCUAGCAGUAAGCAGAUUGCAUCAGCUUUUGAAAAUGAAGGAUAAAAACCCUCAAUGUUGGAAAGAAUACUGCAAGAUUCUGGACGACCAACUCACGAAGAACUUCGUGAAAGAGGUGUUUAUGACUAAUGACGCAGCAUGCAACAGGUUGAUCGACCAACAAGAUCUAUACAAGGGAAAGAACGUAAAAAUUCUGGGAAUACCAUGGAAUCCGCAAAACGAUACCUUCUCCAUAAGGUGCAAAUUACGGUAUGAAGAAGAGCCAACCAAAAGGAAAGUCUUGCAAGCCAUACAUUCUACAUUUGAUCCCUUGGGAUACUUAAUACCAUUGCUGCUACAAGCGAAAGUUUUCCUGCAAUCAUUAUGGAAAACGCGCUAUGAGUGGGAUGACCCACUCUCCCCAGAUGACGAAACGAAAUGGAAGACAAUAUGUGAGAAUGUAGAAGGAAGCGGGGUAAUGCUUCCGCGUCAUAUCUUGCAAGGGCAAAGAACAGACAGCUACGAGUUGCAUACAUUUGUAGAUGCUUCAGCAACAUCCUAUGCAGCAGCCGUAUACAUACGGACGCUAAACAGAUACGGCACAGUGCAAUCAGGCCUACUAAUGGCAAGACAACGACUCGCUCCUAUGACCAGCAAGAACAAAAGAAUAACCAUUCCACGCUUAGAGUUACUCGCGUUACUGAUUGGAACGCGACUAACUUCGUAUUGA